AUGUGUAUAUAGAAAUAUAUUUAAUUACCUCAAGACAUGGCCAGUAAAUUAUUUUAUACGUAUAACUAAUAUUCUAGAAUUAUUUAUCCUGGUCAAACUUCAAUUGAUUGGGCACAGGAGAUACAUAAGUAAGCAUCAUGAUCAUCAUCUUAUACGACAUUGAUUUCAUAUGCUGUUCCUUGCAGUGCAGAAUAGAUAAAAAAUGUAUGUCUUUAAGACCUACAUAUUUAUACUGAAGAAUUUCCUAUCUGAACAGAAGAAUUUACAUAUCUAUGCAAGUACCAUAAUAAUAUUUAUCGACUAUAAAUUAUAGUUAUAACUUAUCGAUAUAUGGUGAACUCCAAGUGAUCAAUCAUAUGCUGUGAUCAUUAAGAACUGUGUACGAAGAGUGAUAUAUUUGCAUACACAAUUUAUUAUAAUGAAAUAACAGCUUUUCUUUAAAUAAAUUGUGAAAGAAUUUCAUACUUCAUAAUCUUAUCUAUUUCAUUCACCACAAUGGAAACAAUAAUUCCAAUUAUCGAUUUGGAUAAAUUAACCGAACCAAACACUGACAUUACAAAAUUUCCUAACCACCUGGCUCAAAUUGUUGAUCAAAUUCGCGAUGCCUUGCACAAAGUUGGGUUCAUGUAUUUGACAAAUCAUCGGAUUUCAAACGAGGUGAUUAAUUCUGCUUUCACCGCAAGUGCAAAUUUUUUCAAUUUAGAUCAGGAACUGAAGGAAAAGUAUAGAAAAAUACCAAUCAAUACGAACCACGGAUGGAUUAAAGCAGGACAAGAACUGCUUCAUCCUAACUCAGUAUUUGAGUUAAGAGAAGGUUUCGACUUUGUGUCUGGCGAAGGACGCCCAAUCCUCGAAUGUCCAGAUUUUAGUCCAACAAUGGACACAUUUAAAAGGGAGUGUCAGAAGUUUAUGAAAUUAGUUCUCCUUCCACUAUUAUCUCGUUCUCUAGGACUGGAUGACCCCAACUUCUUUAACAACUGUUGUACUCAUCUAGAUGACUCAAAUGCAGGCAACGAAUGCGACUUGAGAGCCAUUUAUUAUCCUCCAAUUCCAAAUGAAACAGAAAUUCCGGUAGGAACUAUUCGAUGCGCGGAACACACUGACUACGAAUUGUGCACCCUACUCUUUCAAGAUGACAUUGGUGGAUUAGAGGUCAAGACAUCCUUGGGAAAGUGGACUUCUGCCACCCCUAUCCCCGGCUCAAUUCUUGUAAACACUGGAGACCUUUUGGAACAAUGGACUUCCGGUUACUUUCCAGCAACGAAACACCGAGUGAUUAUUCCAGGGAAGGAGAUCGAUAGGCGGAUGACGAGAUAUUCUUUCGCAUACUUUUUUGCUCCGGAUAAUUCAACCAUAAUUUCCCCGUUAACAAGCAGAUCAUCUAUUCUGCAGAAGUUUUGUAACGGUGAGGAAAACUAUUGGAAUGAUAAAGCUUCAACUGCUCCAACUGCGUAUGAACACAUCAUUGCAAAAGUUAAGGCAGCUUAUCAAUAUUAAUUAAUUUGCGUAUCAUACAUAUGAACUGAUGGACUAUGUAUAGCACAUAAGAAACAAUUGACAAUAAAAAUGUAUGCAGUCGUAGUACAAAAUUUCGCCAA